GUCUUCAAAUGUGUUGGUAAGGCUGUAGGAUAGACUGGUUUGUAACCUGUAACUGAGCCAGCAGAUGAUGAUAUUGCCAACAACAGCGCUGUCAGGGAAGUCUUCUUAUUGAUUUAUUGUUUGUUUGUUUGUUUUUUGUAUUGCAUGAGUUCAUCUUUAACUGUUGUGAAUUUUAUUGCAUGCUUUUAUUGCAAAUUUGUUGAUUUUUUAGUGCUCACACCUGUGUGAGCUCAUGGCCUUGAAGGACACUGGCAUCAACCAAUCAGGACAGACCUCUAUCAGCCAGAGGACUAAAAAGGGUUUAGUGGGCGGGAUGAGAGACAAAGGGAGACACCGGAGAGUGAGUGGAGAGGCAGAGUAGGAUUUGAAUGUGUACCAGCCUUUGUAAUGCUACAGACAGAAGUGUGAAACAACUGGUAGUUCCAGAAAAAUCAGCUGCAAUCGGAGUAUAGACCUCUGCUCGAUGUCUUGCUUUCUUUCAGUCGGUAGAAGAACAAGAAGACACAAAAAUGGAGAACAGAAGAAAAGUGCUUGUUGUUGCAAUAAUUUUCACAGUUGCCUGCAACAAAGUGACCGCACAGGAAACAAGGCUACUGGAUUUUCUAAAUAACACAAAUGUUGUAGAUGACCAGUACAAAGGAUGUGGUGAAGAGGCCAUGAAGAAGUUCAUCGAGUCAGAUGUGUUAAAACGAGAGCUAAAUAACAGUGAAGGAUUUCAGAAAGCGUGGAAUAAAAGUAUCGAGUGUUCAAAGAAGAUUCCUGGAGGAAGAAAAGAGCAUAGUGCUGCACUUUCACUCUAUGUUAAUGGGGAUCACAAUUUAUUACAAAGACUGAACAAGGCAAUAGAGACAAUGGGUGGAAAUGUUAGCAUCUAUGAAAACCACUUCCACUUCAAGUCUCUUCAUUUCCUGCUGAUGGACUCCAUGAGGCUGCUGAAGCCAAAGGAGUGCAAGAACUUUUAUGUUCUGCUAAGUGGUCAAAACCAACCACAGAAAGGCUCCACAGUGAGAUUUCCAAGUUUCACCUCAGCUUAUUCAGAUUAUGAAGAGCUAAAAAGUGAAACUGACCUGUAUGAGGAGGUCGUUUUAAAUCUCACUUCUUGCUUCUUUGUCAACCUGAAAGACUAUGUGUGCGGUCAAGGACAGGAUGAAAUACUCUUAUCUCCAGCAGAAGUUUUCACUGUGGAGGACAUAAAUAGCAAAGUUGUGGAGGCAGAUGAUGAUUCUCAAUAUGUAGAAAUUGUUUUGAAACAUGCGGGGCUUAAAAGCUCUCACAACUGCUACAUCUUUUCACGGUCUCCUCCAGCUGUUGUCUCCACCCUGUGGCUUGUAUCAGUGCUUUUGGCCUUAUCUUUGUUUUGUUUUUUAGCUGUUUAGCAAAAACAGUUAUCAUUCAGAGUUUUCUGGGUUUUAUCAUCUAUAAUAUUGCUGCAAUUAUUCAUACAAUGUCAAAAUGAUUCACGUCAUACUUAUCUGAAAGAUCUUUUACUGUUUGUAUGAAUCAAGUGAUCCAAAUCAACAGUUUUGUUUUGUGGGGUGCCUCAGGGAUCUGUCCUGGGUCCAAUUCUCUUUUUGCUUUAUAUCUAUUCCACCUAGGCCAAAUUAAAUUGGGGCUGCAAUAAUAUGUCCUAUCAUCUCUAUGCAGAUUACAUUCAGUUAUACUGUUCUUUUAAAGUCUCUGAGCUUUAUAAUUUGUCUAGUUUAAGUAAUUGCCUGACAGAAAUCAAGCAAUGGUUAAACGACAACUUACUCCGGCUAAACUGUGAUAAAACAAACUUUAAUUAUUGCUCCAAACAAUAUGAUUUCAGAAAUUAGGCAGCAUAUCAGCUUAGAGCCUUCUGCUAAAGUGAGCCUUAGAAACCUUGGUGCCAUAUUUGACAGCUCCAUUUCCCUUGAGCAACAUUCCAAACAGCGGGUCCAGAACUGUUUUUAUCAUCCAAGGAAUGUUUCAAAACUCAGACUAAUGGUGUCAAAGGCUGAACUUGAGAUGAUUAUUCAUGCUUUUCCCCCCCCCUUCCCAUUUGGAUUAUUGCAGUGGUCUUUUUACUUGUUUUAAGAAAUCAGCUUUAAAUAGUCUUCAGACUGUGAAGAAUGCUGCAGGAAGACUCUUAACAGGCACCAACAAAAGAUCUCAUAUUACUCCAGUUUUAUCCUCCCUUCACUGAUUGCCUGUAAGGUUUACAUUUCUUUUAAAAAUUUUAGUUCUAACCUUUAGGGCCCUACAUGUUCAAGAGCCCCAGUACAUAUUUGACCUGCUGAAACCACAUUCCGGUUCCCGAUCUCUAAGGUCAUCAGGUCAGAGACUGGAUGUGGAGGUCCUGGGCUGGUGUGGUUACACGAGGUCUGCG